CUGGCCAGUUGCACGAUGGGAGCUGCUCUGUUCGGAUCGUGGCUGGGAUUGGGCUUGGGCCUGCUCCUGCUGGCCAGCGACUCCGGCCUGGUUUCGGCCAAGCGCUAUCUGCGCUGCGAGCUGGCACGCAAGCUGCUCGAUCCACCUUACAGAUUCGAUCGAUCGCUGCUCUCCAAUUGGAUCUGCCUGCUGGAACACGAAAGCGAUUUGGACUCCAACAGGAUCACCUCGAAUCCGAAUGGCUCCCGGAACUAUGGUUUGUUCCAGAUCAACAGCCGAUUCUGCCAGGAGGGCAGGCGUGGCGGCAUCUGUAAUGUCAAGUGCGAGGAUCUCCUCGACGAGAAUCUAAUGGAAGCCUCGGCCUGCGCCAAGCGAAUUCACACCUCCGAUGGCUUCCAGCAUUGGAAUGGAUGGCAGCGUUAUUGUCGCAAUACCCAGAAUCUGCCGAAUCUAAGGGUUAUCUGUGGGAUCUAAAAUAUCAAUUACAUAUUUACUGUAUUAAGUGUAUAUAAUUUUAGGUGCUUUUACUGACUGUAAAUUAACACCUUGGUGAUCAGCUUCGUAGUAAAUUCCUUUUUUAUUUUGCAAUAA